AUGGCUGAAGCGGUACAAAUUGAUGCAGAAUUACAACAACUGGAACAACGAUCGAGCUCAUUAGUGAAGGAAUGGAAACGUCGUUCGUCUUUUUCCAUGAAUGCACGAACGGGAGGACGCAGUCACAACUUGAUGCAACCAGAAGGUGAAGAAAGUGUACAAGAGAAGGAACAUUGGAUGGAUACAACGAGUGUUUAUUAUGAUGAUGAUGACGAGGACAUGGAGGUGGCGGAACGACUUGAGUGGCUUGAGAAAAAGAAACAACGAAUUCUUGGUCUUUUGCUACGAACAUUGCGGCUUCCGGACGCUUUGCUCAUGCACACAAACGUGACGAUGUAUGCUUCCGAGGCGCAGGCUUGUGGGUCUAUUAAGAAACAGAUUGAUCGCGCUAUUGGGCUCUAUCACCAGGCAUUGCAGCUACUACGUAUGGCAAUGGCCACGGUAGUUUCGUCCCAGUACUCAGGUUCCGCGAGGGAAUUUGCCAAUGGUCCUUUUGCACUUACAGUGGAAGCUGGACAAUUUAUGGAGGCAGCAGCCAUUGGUAUCCAGCCCGAGGCCCGUCGCAGAUAUCGACGGUUUGCUUGUGAACUGCAGACAUUGCGUCUUCCCAAGUUCCCCAAGAUCAUGAGCGAGUUUGUACGUCGCGGGCGAACCAAUUUUGACCCGCGCAGUGCAUUGGCGCAGGAGGCUGUGAGGAGACUUCCGGCGUGCGAGACCACCAUGGUGAUGACGCAUAAGCUUGCAAUUGAGAAACUAGAGCUGCUUGAUCGUUGGAAAUGCACGGUUGAAAAGGAUCAGACUUACGCGCUAGAAUCGCAGCGUCGUCUUGAGACACACUUGCAGCAGCGCCUUGCUGUACUUGCUCGAUCGGUAUCGGUGUGA